GUUGUUAGCUUGAUAAGAUAACCAGUUACACGAGCGGCGCGGUCAGAGGCGGUUGUGUUCGCGGUCGCUGGUGACCACACGUUACCUCAUCCUCCAGCAGGUGUUUGUGUUCCACGACUGUCCGCACACAGUCACUUGUGGAGGUGAGUGUUGUGAGAGUGGGAAGUGUGUGAGAGAGAGUACUAGGGGCAGGCACCAUGCCCUCCCUGCCUCAGCACGACGGCGUCUAUGCCACUCCCAGACCCACCCUGGUCCUCCCUGAUGACGACCACUACUCCGCUCCCAAACACUGCUACUCCCACGCUGAUGACGAGGUCCACUACUCAGCGCCUAGACCGCUGGCUAGAGACGAGCUGGAGGCUGAAUUUAUUCAGCCUAUCAAAAUGACGAACUGCAUGGCCCGGGCGCUGUACGACAACGUGGCCGAGUCCCCUGACGAACUGGCCUUCCGACGGAACGACGUCCUCACCGUCCUGGAGCAGAACACCGCCGGCCUCGAGGGCUGGUGGCUGUGUUCACUGCGGGGACGACAGGGUAUCUGUCCUGGCAACCGCUUGAGGAUUGUGCCAGGGAUAUUUGACACAGGUGCUGGUGUGACGUCACUGGCCUCCCUCACCACUGCCCACAGUCCUGCCACCAUCACCAUCACCACCAGCCCACCCACUCGCCUCGGAGCCACCAGCCCGGCACCCAGGCCUCAGCGACCACUCUCAAACAAGGUCGUAACACCACGUCGAGUAGGCGAUGUAUAUACCUACGAUACACCUCGUCCACUGACGCAUAAUCAACAGGCUUCUCAAAUGGACUACGACAUCCCCCCUACAAAGCACUCUCCCCUUGACAGUGGUGGUGCUCGUUUAUCACGUAGUAGCAGUCUCCGUUAUGAUUCUCCACGGACUCAUGCACGCUCACCACUUGAUCAAUAUGAUAUACCACGUUCACAAUAUGAUUCUCCUAAGGUACGACCAUUGUAUGACUCGCCAAAAUCUCAACAGCAUUAUGAUUCACCUCGAAUACACACUGACACUCAGCGCCUAAGCAGUGGCCCUCGUAGUCUUAUCAAAGGUAUCCGCGGAGGUGCUCCAGCAAGUGUGCUACCAUUAAGUGACAACCAUCAAGAAUAUGAUGUGCCAAGGCCAACAAAUGCCAAUCAGGAUGCUCAGCUUGAUAUGCCACCAAGUGAUCGUUCCAGUGGAGUAUCUGUCAUGUCUUGUGAAUCGUCACAAUUAUCGACCUCCUCUUCUGCCUCAUCACUAGCCGCUUCUGAAUCACUUUCUCUAUCCUCACUUGGUGGCUCUUCUAACCGCUCUAGCUUAGAAUCCCACGAUGUGUAUGACAUCCCACCAGAACCACGCAAAGUAGCAGUUUCUCAGCGUCCUAAACUUCCUCCACGAGAGUCAAGGGAUGUGAGGGAUGCUUAUGAUGUUCCUCGCACUGCCUUAUCAGUAGGAAUUGACACAUAUGAUACUCCACCUUCUAGAACACCACGUGCACUUCUAAUGCGUGGUGGGGAAGGUGUGUAUGAUGUGCCACCACAGGUUAGUAGAGAUGUACGUCAACCAGAUACUGUUGAUGCUACAACAAACCGUCUUUCCUCUGGUUCUGACUCAUCUGGUGGUGAAGUGGAUUUAAGCCUGGGUAAAGAACUUCCUCUGGAACAUGAUUCUGCUCUGGAUAUGUUAACAAAACUCCAGCAGGAAGUAUAUGGAGCCAUAGAAAAAUUAUCAACAGUACACCAGAGUGGAUCUUGGCGAACACGAGAAACAGUAGAGGAGCGAGAAGGAGAUAUGAAGACAAUUGUUUACAGACUUCGUCAGUCAGUGCAUGAAAUUUUGAAGUUUGGUCAGGGUUCAGCUGUUAAUGCAGCUCGAAAUGGGGAACGAAGUGUAGCUCGAAAACUGCAUCGGCUUUUGGAACCAGUGACAAGAUCAGCUGUCGCUGUAGAUGAAGCAUGGUCCAGAUUGCAAGGGGGUGGAUGGACACAGGCUUUGGCAAGUGGUACUAAUCCAGAGAACUUCAGCCAAUUGGCAGUCAUAGCUCAUACAUUAGUAGAGGAUGUGCGCCGUUUAUCUUUAAACAUUCAAGCAAAGGUAACUUGCAUUUUCAAAAAGUCCCCUAGUUUUGAUUUUACAGGAUUUUCACGUCAGCAAGGAAUAGAAGACGAUGAAAAAACUCCAGUCCAAGAACGUCCUUUACCAGAUCUUCCAGAGAAAACACAACUUGAGAAUAUGUAUGAAAAUGAUGCUAGAAAUUGGCUUGAGGACUAUGAUUAUGUUAAUUUGGAGACUCGUGAAAGUGUAGAACGUGAACAUGAAGACAUUAAGAAGGAGUUGCCUGCACAAUUACGCAAGUCAUUUGACAACUUGGUGAAACAGUCACAGCUAAUAGUAGAUAGUGAUCAUGAGAAAGCAUUACGCAAAGAUGACUCAUCUUGUACAAUCACUGAUAAAAAAGGAAGCCAUAUUUUAGAUCCAAAUGAUCGACAAGUAGUAGCUUUCUAUGGAAAUCAAGCAGAGGUGCAUCUUCAGCAUCUAAACACUGCCAUUGAUGCAUUCCUUCUCACCAUAGAGAAUAAUCAGCCACCCAAAGUUUUUAUUGCACACUCAAAGUUUGUUAUCCUGAAUGCACAUAAAUUGGUUUAUAUAGGAGACACUGUCCAUCGUAAUGUUGUAAAUGCUGACGUAAGAACCCGAGUAUUAAACUGCUCAAAUGCCCUGUGUGAUGCUAUGAAGAACACUGUAGCAGCAGCUAAGACUGCAGCACUGCAGUUCCCAUCAGUGGUGGCAGUUCAAGCAAUGGUAGAUGCUUUUGUUGCUGUAUCUCACUUAGCCAAUAAUCUGAAGCAAGCUGUUUCUGCUGCUCCUCUGUGAUGAUGAUGUCAUAUACCUCUUUGACUAGUUCAGAGUUUGAAAGUCGUACAGCUAUUUGAUUUAUCAAGUGUGUGACCAUCACAGAGAUAUUUCCUUGACUAGCAAAUGGCCAAGAUAUCCCGAUCCUCUCCCUGGUGCUAUGUACAGGAAUGCAGGAGAGGCGGGUCAGUUUAUACAGUAGUUAAUUUUUUUUGUUAAGUAUCAAAAUCACUUGUAAAAUUUUUGAAGAAAAUACUGUGGUUUAGUUACUUUAAACAUUUUGCAUGAAUAAAUUCAAGACAUUAGUUUGGAUUAUCAUAAUUUUUACAAAUACGAGUAUAAUAUUCAUGAUUUUAUGUAAUUAUUUCUUUUGAAUUGACAGCAUUCAAGAUUUUUAAUAUUUUUAUAACUAGCAGCAAUCAUUUCUUUAAGCACAAGUAAUAUAUAUGUAUAUAUUGUCCCACAAUUUAGAUACUGUAUUUAUUUUAUUCGAAUCACUUGUGGAGAUUCAUCCACUUACUAAAGUAUAAUAUUAAAAUGCAAUUGGGUUGUCAUUGGUUGAUACGACUGCAAUUGGAAGUCUACCUGAUUUUUUUACUUAAUAUCUAUUUAUUUAUUUGUUGAUGCAUUGAGUAACAUAUUCCGAGAUAAUUUACAGACUUAAAAAUUUGUAGAAUUUCAUUUUUAAACUCAGGAUAACUUACAUUUUUAGUUUUAUUCCUAUUCACAUGCAAAAUUAAUGUCUUUUCACAUCAUAAUUUUCUUGACGGUACUAGGGAAUUCAUCUAAUAGAGGAUGUGUAACAGAUUUUUAAUGUCUUACAGCAUAGUAUGUUAAGCGACAACUUCCACAGUAAGACAGACUUGAUAUUGUAAACGUUUGGAGUAAAAUCGAUGUAGGCAUCAGUGAUCGUUAAUAUUUUUGAACAGAAAUGUGGGUUUCAUGAAUUACUGGUAAUAAAUGUUAUUAGUUACAGUAAAAUUAUAUUGCUGCAUAUGUAGAGAUACCUCAGUAUCACUAAUUAUAUAUAAGGCCAUGAUGCAUAAAUAUUUUAGCCGUUUAUCUAAUGCCAUGGUUAAUAAAUAGUGAAUGCCUGUGUUUGAAACUUAUAAAUGGCUAUUGUUAGUCUCAGAUUAUAGAUUUUUUGUGCUCAUAGUCGGCUUAUUAGGAUAUAUUGUAUUAUAUAGAAAGACACACUAAUGCCUAUAUUCUGAACUCCACUCUUCCAUAAUUUUUAAUGAUACAGGUAAUGACUUCCACUAGUUGCAGUCAAGAUAGUGGAAUUCUAAAUUCCCAGGCUGUGAUUUUAGUGAUUAAGUAAUAUAAUUUUAAUUACUGAUUCUUUGUAAAUAGAUUAUGCAAGUGUAUAUACUGUACAAGAGUAAACAUGUUAUUAAAAAACACAAAGCAUGUUAGGAAUGACUGAAAUGUGUUCAGUACACUACACAGUAUGCCAGCAGAGUGUAGGCAGGUGGUGCAGUGAGAACCCUACACGUCCCACAGGCGUGCUGCCACCGCAGGUGCCCAGGCUAAUCUUAGCCAUAUAUUACCACUAAAAUCAAAAAGAAGUGCUGCAACAGAAGUGCUGCAACAGAAAUGCUAUGGUUGAAGUGAGACAUGCUUUUUUUUCCAGAGCUUAGCCACUGUUCACCCACAGCAUACAUGUUCCCUUGGCAUUUUUUUUUUAUUUUGCCUUGUUAACAUAGUUUAAUGUUAACAAGAUCCAGCUAAUAUAUGUAGUUGAUAUAAUAUAUUAAGGAAUAGGUUCAGUGAUACCUAAUAUUUAACAGUAUCUAAUUGUGUCCAUAUUGCACUCAGCAUUCAUUACUGUCGUCAUUCCACUGCCGCUUAUAACUGCCAUCAGUCACAAUGAUGUAACCUCUUGUGACUGCAAUUCUGUAAAAAAUGAAGUGUACAUGUUAUCCCGGCAGAAUGUGAGGUUUGUAGCAGAAUUCACAGUGACUGAAUACCUUAUAACUAUAAACUGCAAACAGCACAGUGAUCGUGGACUAUACCUGUGUAAGCUAUUCUUUACAGGCACAUAUGGACUAAUCAACUAUGACUGUAUAUAAUAUAUAUAUACAUUAUAUAUAUAGUGUAUAUUUAUAUAUAUCAAGACCUAUAUUUACUUCCAUUAUGCAAAAGCUUUCAGCUUUGUGAAUUUUGUUUAAAAAGAAAAGUAUUAUUAGUUAAUGUAAAAAGAGUAUGAGCUUGUUUCAAAGAAUUAUAAAAAGGGCUGUCUUGUAAUUUUGAUACAAUUGUUGAGAACCCUUUUAAAUGACUUUGAAAAUGAUCUUUUGUUUUUAUGUGACUUCUGUAUCCAGUAGUAAGAAAUGUACCCUUGGAACCUGAGCCUGUCCACUGUCUCCUUGUGCAUAUUGUGUGAUAAUGUGAUUACCUCUUGUGUUUUUGUACCUAUAUUUGAUAAUAUGUAAUGUACUUUAACAGGCCAACAACAUAACCAGGUUAAUAAAAUAACUGAAUGUAAA